AAUUUGAACGUUUUCACUUUGAAGGUCGUUCCGUAACUUCAGUGAAACCAGUUUUCAAAGACAUGCCUCGAGGUCGCAGUGUUAAACGAGGCUUCCGCCCAUCUCAUGCGCCGGUCCAAACAAUGCUUGUUCCAAGCCAUGCUGAAUGUGCUGCCACAAAUAAAGAUGAAGAGAUGAACGAACUUGACGAAACCAAAGCACCAAAAUUGAAUCCACCUAAAUCUAGCCCCAGCAAAAAGUCAGAUGAAUGUGGGGUAGAGGUUUAUGAAGACGAUGACGAGCUUGAAGAUUCUGAGUUAGAAAACAAUACCACCGGGAGGCGUCUGGUCGAGGGUGAUAUUGAUGUGGAUGAUGCUGAAAGUGAAAGUGCGGAGGAUGAACCUGUUGAAGAAGAACCUGAAGAUACUCUGACGCCUGCUGAGAAAGCCUCGCAAAUUUGUCGCCUUCCUGCAAAAGAACUUUGUACAGAAGAAACUCAAAUGUUCCCUUUUUUAGAAAGUUCUUCAAAUUCUUUAAAGGAGUCAUAUAUUGCUGUCCGAAAUCUUGCAGUAAGUUUUACAUGGAAAUGCUUACAAUAACUUAUUUUGCAAAUAACGAGUCUUGGAAUAGCCUCUGUUUUUUAUCCUUCGAAACAUUGAAAACAUUUAAGAUCGGAGCAUAAUGGCAGAAUUGUGUACAUCUUUAUCUUGUGAUAAAAAUAAGUUUUAUGUUCUCAUUUUAUUAUCACAGAAAGUUCGAUGCUUGAAAGCUUAUCCUACGUUUCUCAAAUACAAGUGGGUUUAUAUUUUUAGAUCGAUUCCUCUAGUAGUUAUUUUCCUAAAUUGAGUUUAGCAUAAACAUAUUCAGUUCUUUUCAUAUUUUUGUCUGAUACUAUUUGAUUGUCUUUUUAAGAGUGGUUAAUUGUAUAUGUACGUUACAAAACCCUAACUUUCCAGUUUAUUGUUUCGUUUCCAUCCCUGACCAUUGUAAACCUUUCUCACAUGUCUUCUUAAAGAACUUCGAUGAGAUGGAUUUCCCUUAUCAAUUUGCCUAUCAUAAUUUAGGAUUAGUGAUACAACAGUUCCUGUUUUUAGAAACUUAGUGAAAGUCACAAUGGCGACGUGCAUUUUAAUUCUUUAGCGUAAAAAUAUUGCAAAUCUGGUUUAAAUAUUCACUCUGCCUAAUCUUAAAACAUGAACUAGUAGGCCAUUUCCUAUACUUUGGGAGCUAUCUCUUUAAAUGCUACAUAUCUGAUGUGAUUGCUCAAAUAUAAAUACUUAGAAUGCGUCUCAUCACUGUAUAUAUAUAAUAUUCAAACCAACAGUGCGGUUAUAUUUCCUAACAUAUUGAAAGAACUGGGGUAUCGGUUUUCCAUUUUUUAUAUUUACAAUGGUUAUGUGCCGGUACCAUUUUUUCAAUCGUUUUUAUAAUUAAAUGUAAAUCCUCCGUCAUUACAAAACAGCCGGGGACCCAAUUUUUUGAAGUCCGGAUAUACUUCAGGGGUAUCAUUUUCGUACAUACCAGUCUGUUAUUCAAGAUUUUGACUAUUAGAUUUCGGUCCUAGAAAUCGCAAGUUCUGAUUACUGAAGGUAUCGUACACACUUACACCCCCUUCUUAGUUUAGUUACACAUUACAAACUUUCUCACAGCUAUUAUUAUCGUUUCAAGUGCUAUUGUGAAUUGUUAGUGGUUAAACCACUUCGUCACAUGUUUAUAUCUUCGUAGCGAGAGAUGUUUUUAUUCCUUAUCUGUAACACUAGGCUGUCAGGAAUCGAGGUGGUGAUCUGCAGUUAUGCAUCACAAAUUUUGCUGCCUGGACAGCGUUCUAAUACUAUGAUGUAGUACGUUUUUGUGACUUGGAAGCUUUAUUCGUCAAGGCGUUCUCUAUUUAACGUGUUAAUUUGUAUUUUGAAUCACGUCUUGGUCAUAUCUUUAUGUGACUAAAAAGACAUCAUAACUACGGUAACCUUCUGAGUAAUUUCCUUGUUUACAAUGCGUACUAAGUUUUACUCUUCUAAAGCCUAAUAAGAUUUCAUAUCUUAUGUCCUGACUGGGAAAUGACACCAAAUUUUUAAAAUGAUAACAUAGUAUAAUGUUUUCUAGGUGGUAAAUUCCGGUUCAGAUUUUCUGUGAUUUUUCUGUGGAUUGGUAUUUAGUCGUAUAUUGGAAAUUAAAUAAUAAUUAUGUCUAUGCUGGAAAUUGUUUUGUACAAUAAAUUCUUUUGCAGUGUUUAAUGUGGUCAGAAGACUCGUGUACACAGGUUACGCCUAAUAGGCUGUUCAUAUACGUGAUGAAUAAUAUGUCAGUCGAGAAUCUCCGGGUGAUGAUCGAUUCUGGAUUGACUGCUCCUUUACCAGUACACCAAGGAUCCAACUCGUCUGCUUCUUCUGUUUGUGAGGAAAACAUUUCUGGUGUCGGUCGUGUCAGACAUAGCAAAGAGCUUUCUCGAUCUCUUCAACGCCAUCUAACAAGUUUAACUCUCCCAAGUAAUUACUCACCCUGGGGUACGCCUACUGCAAAAGCAAAUUUGGAACGGAUGACUUAUUUAGUUGUUUUGUUCUUGGAAAGAUAUGGAUAUAUCAACUUUGGCAUAUUUAAAAUUAUAUCUCCACCCUUAACACAUGUGAAUUCAUCUCGUACUGCUGAUCCUGCUACCACUGCAACUUUCCUAGGAUCGCCUAUGGAAAUAUUAGACAAAUCAGAUGUCCAACUAACACCCAGAAGAGCUGCAGCUGAGAAAGCUCUAGCAGCAACGCGUCGUGCUAACAAUUCUCCUUCUGCCAGUACAUUACCACUUAGUUCAUCAUCUACGUCACUGACAACUCCUCAUUUUAUUAUAAUUGGUGCUGGUAUUUCUGGCCUAAUUGCAGCAAGACAACUGACUUAUUUUGGUGCCAAAGUUACUAUUUUAGAAUCUCGUGAUCGUGUUGGAGGUCGAAUAUGGACUUGUAGAAAAGGUGGAUAUCAAGCUGAACUUGGGGCCAUGGUUGUCACAGGUUUAUCUGCAAAUCCUGUAGCUAUAUUGGUACGUCAAUUAUCAUUAAAUUUGCUUCCAAUCAAUACCGAUUGCUCGCUAUAUGACUCACAAGGUCAUUUAAUAAACCAUGAUCUUGAUGAACAAAUUGAAGAAGAAUUCAAUCGUCUUCUAGGCACAGCUGCUUAUGUAUGCCAUUCUAAAGGAUUAGAUUCAUUAGUUCUUGAUUCGGGCGUUGAAAUUCCUUUAUCAUUAGGUCAAGUUAUUGAAUUGUUAAUUAAAUAUCAAGAAAAGCAUAAAAUACAGUUGAAAAUAACACAUCGUAAAUUGAUCUCACAAUUGUUAGAUCGUAAAAAUUCUCUAUUAGAUCAGAUGGUUAUUGAACGUAAAAAUAUUGAAGCAGCUUAUGAAAAGUGGCAUUCAGCAUCAAAAGCAUUAAAUAACCAAUCGUCACCAAUCCAUCACUAUACUCAACAAUCUAAAACACAAAAUCCUACGCAAAAUAAAUCUCGUGUACGCAAUGAUUCAUCAUGUUCACCUCGUUCCAGUAGUGCUGAACUAGAUGGAAAACUAGUCAUUGAAUCAGCUUCAUCAAAUGGAUCACAAAAAUCAGCUGAUAACAAUGCGGUAAGAUUAUCCUCCGCUACUGAUCUAUCUCAACGUCCUUCGUUACCAGUAUUUAAUGUUAGCGCUCAAUUCGAAGUUCGCCAGUUACUUAGUCAUUUACAUGAAGCUUGGAAGAAAUUUCAACCACUUCAAAUUGCCCUGUCUCAAGUCAAUAAGCAAUUAGAUAUAUUACUUCAAGAACCACCGAAAGAUAUGUAUUUAACCAAAGAAGAACGUUCUAUACUUGAUUGGCAUUUAGCUAAUUUGGAAUUUGCCAAUGCCACAGAAUUGCAUAAUUUAUCAUUACGUCAUUGGGAUCAAGAUGAUUUGUUUGAAUUAAGCGGUGAUCAUUGUGUAUUACAAGACGGUUACGGAUCAGUAACCGAUAAUUUAGCACAUUUUAUUACAUCUGGUCAGUCAUUAACAGUUGGAUUAAAACCUCGUGAUAAUCAUCUUACAUCUGUAAUAACAACAACAUCGUCAUCAAAUUCAUCCACUUAUAAACUUGGACCUGGUCAUAUUGAAUUGAAAAGUACAGUUAAACGUAUUUCUUACUCUAAUACAGGUGUUCAAGUGGAUGUCCUUAAUUCGGCAUUUAGUCAAGAUGAUUUAAUUGAAUAUGAAGCAGAUGCUUUAAUUUGUACUCUACCAUUAGGUAUCUUAAAAGAAAUUAUCCAACAAGAUAAUGAAACAACCAUGCAUCAAUCACAAAUUACAACAAAUGAAUCAUCUAACAAUUGUCUUACAAAAUUAGUUGUACCACGUUUUGAGCCACGUUUGCCUGAUUGGAAAAUUUCAGCUAUUCAGCGUUUAGGAUUUGGUGUAUUGAAUAAAGUUGUACUUAUAUUUGAGAAGAGUUUUUGGGAUCGUUCACACAAUCUAUUUGGACAUGUGAAUGAAUCAACAAAUUCGCGUGGUGAAUUAUUUUUAUUCUGGUCAAUUACUGAUAAGCCUGUAUUGAUAGCAUUAAUUGCUGGUCGUGCUGCAUGUGAUUUAGAAAAUGAGAAAACUUCACCUACACGACGUCUAUCACCAGGAUCUAAAGGUCAAAACUCAUUAGUCAAUAAUUCUGCCACACCAACAUCUUAUCUAUUAGGUCGUGGACUUAAAGAACCUAUUAUUAUACGAGCUAUGCAAGUUCUUCGUGGUAUUUUCAGCCAAGAAGGUAGUAGUAGUGUUAGUAACAAUAAUAAUAACAGUAACAUUAGUAAUUGUAAUGGUGGAAUGCAUAGUAAUCAAGAAAAGAAGAAACUUAUUAUACCAAAUCCAAUUGAUGCAUAUGUCACGCGAUGGAGAACUGAUCCAUAUUCACGUGGAUCUUACUCAUAUGUUGCUGUUGGAGCCACAGGUGCUGAUUAUGAUAUUCUUGGUGAACCAGUUUAUUACUCUAGUAGUUCCAGUGAUGAUAUUUCUAUGCCAACUAAUAAUCCUCGUAUAUUUUUUGCUGGUGAACAUACUUGCCGUUGUUAUCCAGCUACUGUGCAUGGUGCACUUUUAAGUGGUCUACGUGAAGCAGCUCGUGUAGCUAAUCAUUAUUUUCCAGGUCAAACACCUGUACGUGCGUCAGGAUUUAAAUUAAAUACUUCACAAUCGACGAAUCCACACUUCUAAAUUAUUCCAUUGUUUAUUUAUUUCCCUUUCUCUAGUUUUGUCAGUGUCUUCUCGGAAAAGGCUGUAUUUUCUCCUAUACCUGUACUUUAUCGACUGACUGUAGAUUAACUAUUUCAUAAAUAAUUAUUUUCCACCAAUUAGGUUUUAUCUAUCUUUACAUUUAUGUGUAUUCACCCUUAUGGAGUAUAUUUUUUCCUGUAAAAUACAUUGAUAUACUACAUUUGUGUGCAAUCCUGUCAUAUUUUUCAGUUUAUAUGUUGAUAUAUUUGCCUAACCUCUAUUCGUUUUGUGCAUAACGUAUGUUUGUAUGGAUCGAGUUUAGUUGUUUUGUAUUAUACGUGAAGUUUUGUCGGUUAUUAUUAUUAUUAUUAUUAUUAUUAUUACUCUCUGAGUAUUUCUUGAUUUCUUUUAUUAUGACUAAUGCAUUCAUUACCCCGUUUUCAUUUUAUAAACAAACUUGAUAAAUUGUGAAAUACGAUAAAUGACAAAUGCUUGUUAUUCAGUGUUAUGUGCAGUAUUGUGGUGUCAAACUUACCACUGGUUUGUAAACAGUCAUAUACAGCCAUGCUGAUGAGUUAAAGCUUUAUAUUGAAAUAUUUGCAUUAUUUAAUUGAUAAAUCAACGAACUCUUAGGGCUACUUAUUUUGUAUUGCAUAAUGAUGUUAUGCGAAGUUGUUUUGUCUUCACUUUAACACUAACCCUUUGUUUUUACUAUGGAUUAUCAGCAUGUAGUUUUUUUUAAAUAUUUUUGUUCUCUGGCUU